UUUCUUUCCUCUGUCAUUUUAACGUGCAAAGUAGGGAAAGCAUGCUGGAUUUAUUUCGUUUUGGAGUCACAAAAUAGGAAAUAAUAACAAGUGUUUGUGGUUUAAACUAGUAUAAUAAACAAAUAACCAUGGUCUCCAAAAAGAAGAAGAAGUAUUCCUCGGGAGAAGGUGCACAGUUUAUGACUAGAAAAGCAGCUCUAAAGAAACUCCAGCUAUCCCUAAAAGACUUCAGACGAAUUUGUAUAUUGAAGGGUAUUUACCCUCGUGAACCCAGAAACAGGAAAAGGGCGCAGAAAGGAGCAGGCGGCAUCAAGACCCUCUACCACACUAAGGACAUCAGAUUCUUGCUCCACGAACCAAUAAUAUGGAAGUUACGAGAGCUGAAGGUGUACCAACAAAAAAUCCGACGCGCCAGGGCUAUGAAAGAAUACGGCCGCAUGAGGAAGUACUUACGAGACUACCCAGAGAUGAAUGUAGACCACAUAGUGAAGGAGCGCUACCCCACAUUUGUGGAUGCAUUACGAGACCUGGAUGACUGCCUGACUCUAUGCUUCCUGUUCAGCACAUUCCCUUCCCUAAAGAGGGUGCCACGAGAUCAGUCCCUCAUGUGCCGCAGACUGACCAUAGAGUUCAUGCAUGCAGUGAUUGCAGCUAAAGCUCUGAGAAAAGUAUUUGUUUCGGUGAAAGGCUACUACUAUCAAGUGGAACUCGAGGGACAGACUAUCACAUGGAUUGUCCCACAUCACUUCUCUUUCCAGCCACAAACUAAAGAUGAAGUGGACUUCAAGAUCAUGUCCACAUUUGUGGAAUUCUACACAAUGAUGCUGGGAUUUGUCAACUUCAAGUUAUACCACUCGUUGAAUCUGGUGUACCCUCCAAAGCUCACAGCUGCCUUCACUGCUGACAAUGACAAAGCCUUAGUAGAUGAGCAGGUCUAUGUUGCGGAGAGAAUAGCGGCCAUGAACGUGCCUCUAGCCAGGCUGUCCGGCAGCAAUGAGGCUGAAGAACUUCCAGAAAUUGAUGUCUUCCCCACCGAGGACAAUGAUGAACAGAAGCUGGAAGAAGCCAAGCUUGAAGCUGAGAAGGUCAAGAAACUGAAGACCAUGUUCAAAGGCCUCAAGUUCUUCAUCAACAGAGAAGUUCCCCGGGAGCCCCUCGUCUUCCUGAUACGCUGCUUUGGUGGUGAAGUUUCUUGGGACAAAGACCACUUUGUUGGUGCCACAUUUGAUGAGUCUGAUGAGUCUAUUGCUUACCACAUUGUUGAUCGGCCGAGUAUGGAGAAGCAGUAUCUCUCUCGGUACUACAUACAGCCGCAGUGGGUGUUUGACAGUGUGAAUGCUCGGACGCUGCUGCCCAUCAACAAGUAUCUGAUGGGAGCCGUGCUGCCGCCGCACCUGUCUCCGUUCACUGACAAGACCAAGGACCAAGUCUACAUGCCUCCUGAGGAGAGGGCUCUCAAUGAUCCUAACUUCAAACCACUGAAUGACGACCCAUCAGGCAGUGAGAUAGAAGAAGCCAGUGACGAGGAUGAGGUGGAGAAGAGCGAGCCGGACUCCGACGGAGACGACGAGGCGGCGCUGGCCAAGCAGUACCAGCAGGAGAUCGACGAAGACUCCGCCUCGGAUGACGAUGAUGAUGACGAGACAGAUCCAGAGAAAAAGAAGAUUGCUAAAGAAAAGAAAAAGGCCAUGGCCGUGACAGCCGGUGUCCCUCACAAGGAGCACCCGUACCAGAAAGAGAUAGAAGACAAGCAAGCGUUCCGUCUCCGAGAGAAACUCGUGCGCAAGAAGCACCGCAACCUCUACAAGAGCAUGAAGGCGGGAGAGGAAAAGAGAAAGAAAGAGAUUUGGCUGCUGAGGAAGAAGAGACGCCUCAACGAUGAAAAAAACAAGGAAGACAAAAAAGCAGAGAAACGGAAACAGAAAAAGCAAGCUUUCGAAGCUGCUACAGCUUAAUCUGAUGUAUUUAAUUUAAAAAUAUCCCUACAUGUUUGAUCGUCAUCUCUGUUUGUUAUUUAUAUAUAUGAAAUAAUAAACAGUGAAACAUAAAUUUUAA